UACCACCUCCAGGCCCUGACAGUCGUUGUACCGAAGGGGGGGCAAGAGAGACUCCCCAGGUCUAGACUCCAAGUCCAACAUUACCGACCCACUUUCCUCCUCUCUCGUGUCUGUGUUUGUUUGCUCCUCCCCGCGCGCAUUAAAUGACGGCCCGGCGCGUCCGCGCGCCGCAGUUUGGAGGCAGCCGUGUCGGAGGAGCCGUAGGGUUCAGACCAACAUCCUGACGGCCCACCACCUCUCUCUGUUGUUGUUUGUUGUUCGCCUCUCUGUCUCCUUCUCAACACGCAAGAAGGCUCAGAUAUGAAGACCAUUCUUGCUGCGUACUCUGGCGUCCUCAAAGGCACCGGCUCCAGCAUCCUCUCUGCCCUGCAGGACCUGUCGGUGACUUUUUGGCCCUGCAGAUACAAGAUGGAAAAACAUCUGCAAGUCAUCUCGGUGCUGCAGUGGGUCAUCAGCUUCAUGGCCAUGGGUGCUGCUUGCACUUUGCUACUGAUCUACAUGUUCUGCACUGACUGCUGGCUCAUUUCUGCCAUGUAUACCGCCUGGCUUAUUGUUGACUGGAACACCCCAAAAAGAGGUGGCAGGAGGUCCUCUUGGGUGAGAAACUGGACAAUGUGGACUUAUUUCCGAGACUACUUCCCAAUCAGGCUAAUUAAAACCCACAACCUGCUCCCCAGCCGGAACUACAUCUUUGGCUACCACCCGCACGGCAUCCUCUGCUUUGGCGCCUUCUGCAACUUUGGGACCGAGGCAACGGGCUUCACAGAGAAAUUCCCGGGCAUCAAGCCCUCCCUGGCAACCCUGGCGGGAAACUUCCGCUUGCCUGUCCUUCGAGACUACCUGAUGUCUGGAGGUAUCUGUCCUGUGAACAAGAACUCUAUCGACUACCUGCUGUCGCGCAACGGGACCGGAAAUGCUGUGGUCAUCGUUGUGGGAGGAGCGUCAGAGUCUCUGCAGUGCGCGCCGGGUUUGAACACCGUCACCCUGAAAAACCGUAAAGGCUUUGUGAGGCUGGCCCUGCAUAGAGGAUCUGACCUGGUUCCAGUGUAUUCCUUUGGAGAGAACGAUGCCUACAAGCAGGUGAUCUUCGAGGAGGGGACCUAUUGGCGGACUAUUCAAAAGAGGUUGCAGAAGAUCCUUGGCUUUGCCCCUUGCCUCUUCCAUGGAUGUGGCCUAUUCUUCGGCAACUCCUGGGGCAUUGUGCCUUUUGGCAAUCCUAUCACCACUAUAGUUGGAGAGCCAAUCACAGUGCCAAAAAUUGAGGAUCCAACGGAGGAGAUGGUGGACCUGUACCACGCAAUGUACAUCAGGUCCCUGCAGGGCCUUUUUGACCGGUACAAGACCCGCUUCGGCCUGAAAGAGAGUGACGUCCUGUACGUCCUGUGAAAGGAACCGGGGCCCUGUUGACGCUCUGAACUUUUAACAGCAUCUACAGACCCCCGUACCCUCUCUCCCCCACCGCUACCCUUCUCUCCACCCGCAUCCUAUAUGGAUGCCUGACUUUGGAUUAUCUCUGAAAUGUAAAUUCUGCAUACGAGCCUGUUUGCUGUAGAAACCUCUGCUCUCUGCAUUGUUGCACACAAACACACACACACACACAUUGGCAUAGCUCAGUCUCAGGUAAUGGCAGGUUCGAAGAACAGUUCGCUUUCCUUGCUGCUGCAGUGGGGAUUGAACCGUCCCAGUUCUUUCACCAAAUCCCACAUCACAAAGCAUGCCAUUUGUGGUUCCCAUGUCUCAUUGAAGGCAUUGGAUUCGAAGUGGGUUUAUCGGUGCAGAGGGGGGGAAGUUUCACUAGGUGAAGCGGGAAGGUAACAAUGCAAAACGUUAGAGAAGUGCCAACGCUUUUGACUUUUACUAUGCAGCAAUAUGUUUCCCCCUAAGAUCUUUUAAUCCAUUUAUACACUAAAUGCACAAACAAUGCAAAUGGAAGAUACCACUUCAUUAUUGGGAUGAUAAGCCUAAAGUCUAAUUUAGCCAAAUAUCUAGGUUGUCCUCACACAGGUAUGUGUUUCUACUGUAUAGAAGCCAAAAUUGAAAGAAUUCUACAGAAUGGACAUUUAUCUAUAGAUAUAGAUAUAGAUUGAUACAUAUUUAUCUAUAUAGAUAUAUAUUCAAUGAAUGCAUAAGUAUUCUCAUGUGUGCCUGUGUAUUGUAUAAUGCCAUAAAGUAUUAAUUUGUAUGCUUUAACAAUGCAGGAACAAGCCUUUUUUCUGCCCUCCCUUUGAGGAUAUUUCUGAUGCACUUUUUGUUUUGCUGAUCACAUUGUGAGGUAUUUGUGCCUUUUUUUUUUAAAUAUGAGAAAUUCUCCAAGACGCUCCUAAUGCUGCUUGGCUUGAUUUCCCUUUCUGGUCCUAAUGGUAUCCAGCUUGGGCGUGUGUUUUGUCUUUGCAACAAAAACUGCACUGAUGUCUUCUAACUUCUGUAAGGCUGAAGAAGAUCUUGUUUGGUUGUUUAAAAUCCUAAAUGUUUGAGGAUUCUGAUGUACCGUGGAUUUGUUUGUAACUGUGCAAUGGGUGUUAAUUAAAAAAGCAUGGGAUUAUACCAGUCCUAUCACUGGUACAAUGUUUAAAGUAUUUUUGUGAAAUCUGGGUGUUUGGUUAUGGAACAAAUCUUGAAAUCUUGGAAAUUAUCAAAGGUAACCUUGUGAUUAUCCUCUGUUUUUCCUCUUGUGCCUUCUUAUAGGCUGCUACGUAAUCCAUGUGUACUUUAUAUGAAAUAAACGGUGAAAUAAAUUGGUCAAUUUGAUGAAUUGCAUAUUUAAAUUAAACUUUCUUUUCAUGUUUUCAGGAGGAGAUGUUUU